AUGCCUCCUCCAGCUUCACUCUGGAGCUCGGUGCGCGUUGCCGCCGGCGCACUUCUCGGACUGGCCUACUGGGCAUCGAUAACCAACGCCGAAAAGAGUGCCGGAGACUAUUAUGUUCACUCGUUGCCAGGUAUACCCGAGGGGGAUAUGAUUAAGAUGCAUGCUGGACACGUCGAGAUCACACCAGAGCACAACGGGAACAUUUUCUUCUGGCAUUUUCAGAAUCAGCACAUUGCAAACCGACAGCGCACCGUCAUAUGGCUAAACGGAGGACCUGGCUGCAGUUCCGAGGAUGGCGCAUUGAUGGAGAUCGGUCCCUAUCGCUUGAAGGACGAGAAUACCUUACAGUAUAACAAUGGUAGCUGGAAUGAGUUUGCGAAUCUGCUUUUCGUCGAUAACCCCGUGGGAACCGGAUACAGUUAUGUCGAUACCAACAGCUUUGUACAAAACCUUGACGAUAUGGCGAGCCAGUUCGUUACCUUCCUUGAAAAAUGGUACAAUCUCUUCCCGGAAUACGAGCACGAUGAUCUCUACAUCGCGGGUGAAUCGUUCGCCGGACAGCAUAUCCCCUAUAUUGCAAAGGCGAUUCUCGAGCGAAACAAGCUACCUCAAACCCAAACUCCGUGGAAUCUGAAAGGCCUGUUGAUCGGAAAUGGCUGGAUCUCUCCUCCGGAGCAGUACGAGGCGUACCUAUCGUUCGCAUACGAAAAGAAUAUUGUCAAGAAGGGUUCUGAAUUAGCCGCCGGGAUUGAGGCUCAAUACCGCGAGUGUAAAAAAGAUUUAGCUUCAUCUGCUGCCCAUCGUGUGGAUGUCGAUACUUGCGAAAAGGUGCUCCAGGAAAUUCUCCGCCUGACCCAAACGAAAGGUUCGGGGGGUAAUAACGAAUGCUUCAACAUGUACGACGUCCGACUCAAGGAUGUGUAUCCGAGCUGUGGCAUGAAUUGGCCCCCCGACCUAGAAUUCGUUACGCCCUACCUUCGAAAGCCAGAAGUGGUCAGUGCACUACACAUCGACAAGAAUAAAGCUACGGGAUGGUCCGAGUGUAACGGUCUUGUUGGCAAUGCGCUCAGGGGGAAUGCCGGAAAGCCGUCUAUCGAAUUUCUACCGGACCUCAUAAAGGAAGUAAACGUGCUUCUCUUUUCGGGUGCGGAAGACCUUAUAUGCAACCAUCUGGGUACAGAAGCCUUCAUAAGCAACAUGCAAUGGAACGGUGGGAAAGGGUUUGAAUUGUCUCCAGGAAAUUGGGCACCGCGACGCGAUUGGACCUUUGAGGGUGAACCAGCCGGCUUCUGGCAGGAAGCUCGUAACCUAACCUAUGUAUUGUUGUACAACUCGUCGCAUAUGGUGCCUUUCGACUAUCCGCGCCGAACCCGCGAUAUGCUUGAUCGGUUCAUGGGAGUCGAUAUUAGCAAAAUCGGGGGUAUACCUUCGAAGAGUUUUCUCGAUGGCGAAAAACUACCUGAUACUACUGUAGGCGGUGCUACCAACCACACCGAGUCCGACCAGGCGGCUAAGGAUAAGGAGGUCAGCGAUGCCAAGUGGGCCGCUUACCAGAGAUCAGGCGAAGUUGUCCUAGUCAUCGUAGUUAUCGGCGCUACUAUCUGGGGCUACAUGAUCUGGCGCGGCCGCCGCCGAAACGUCGGGUACUCAGGUCUGCCUAUACUAUCUGACUUCCCGCGCGCCACUGGGCUGGAGGGCUUCCGAACCCGGAGGGCAGCAAACAACCGCGAUUUGGAGACAGGCGAUUUCGAUGAAGGAGAGCUAGACGAUUUACAUAUCACAACACCUAGAGACGCAGGUGCAGGCAAAGAAAAGCGUUAUAGCGUGGGAAACGCAAGCGAUAGCGAAAGUGAGGACGAGGAUGAGGACGACUCGGAGCCGGAGAGGACUGCCCGGAAACCCGGCCCUAGCGCCGGCCAGUCGUCAAGUAGGAGCUAG